GUGAUUCCCGGGCGUUCCCAAUCUCUCCCUCCCCCACCCCUUCAGCCAGUUCUUAAAGGAGCAGGCCGGCAAUCUUGGAAGGCGGGAGAAAUAGGGAAAACUAAAGUGUGUGUGUGUGUGUGUGUGUGUGUGUGUGUGUGUGUGUGUGUGCGCGCGCGUGCAUGCGUGCGCGCGCGGGCGCACCUGUGUAUAUGUGUUGACCGUAUAACUGUGUGACAGAAAGCCUGUGUAUCUUGAGUGUGCUGCUAUUUCUGUUUCUGUCUCCACCUAUGUGUCACCAUUAUGCUGCACGAGUCUCUGAAUAUUUACCUAUGUGGUGUGUGUGAUUCUGUUUUAGUUAAGUCUCUGUGUAUGUCUCUGAAUGUAUUUCUCUGUGAUUCUCUGGCUCUGUGAGGCUCUCUGUCUCAGAAUGUGGGACUAUAUGAGGCGAUCUCUGUGGGUUUGGAAUAUACGUCUCUGUGAGUGAAUAUCCCAGUGUCUGGGAUCCUGGCUUGGUCUCUCGCACUCCACUUUGAGUCUUUGUGAGCUUAUUUCCAUGAGUCUCUGAAUGUGUGUCCCCCGCACUCCGUUGUUUAUUUUACAUUGGUUGAGCGUCAACAAUGCCUGGGAUGCUAGGCAGGGCAGUUUCUGCCUCAGUUCUGGCACUCAAUGUGAAUUAGAGAUAGCCAACAGAAAGGACCAACACUUAAGAUUUUGGGAGCAGUGAGGGCUGAGAAGAAAUGGACAGGAGGGGCGCAGGAGGGUCUGGGGACUCUGGCCUGUCUGGCCCUGAGAGAGUCCCCUUUCUGAAGCUGUGGUGCUUGGACGACCUCUCUGCAUUGCGGGCACCUGUAGGUGUCCCUCGAGAGCUCAGUCUUGAGGUUCAAGUCAGUGUGACCAUGAAGGGGCUGCCUAUGGGGCUGAUGCUGUGACCCUGGAGUCUGCCUUUCCUGCCAGUCCCCCUGCCCAGAACAUGUGGCUGCGGCUUGGCCCGCCCUCGCUGUCCCUGAGCCCCAAGUCCACCGUUGGCCGGAAGCUGUGCCUCACCCUGUGGUUCCUCAGCUUGGUGCUGAGGGCCAGUACUCAGGCCCCAGCGCCCACAGUCAAUACUCACUUUGGGAAGCUAAGGGGUGCCCGGGUACCAUUGCCCAGUGAGAUCCUGGGGCCUGUGGACCAAUACCUGGGGGUGCCCUAUGCAGCUCCCCCCAUCGGCGAGAAACGUUUCCUGCCCCCCGAGCCACCCCCAUCCUGGUCGGGCAUCCGGAACGCCACACACUUUCCCCCAGUGUGCCCCCAGAACAUCCACACAGCUGUGCCCGAAGUCAUGCUGCCCGUCUGGUUCACUGCCAACCUGGAUAUUGUCGCUACUUACAUCCAGGAGCCCAAUGAAGACUGCCUCUACCUGAAUGUCUAUGUGCCCACGGAGGAUGUAAAGCGGAUUUCCAAGGAAUGCGCCCGAAAGCCCAACAAGAAAAUUUGUAGGAAAGGAGGAUCCGGCGCUAAGAAACAGGGCGAGGACUUAGCGGAUAAUGACGGGGAUGAAGAUGAAGACAUCCGGGACAGUGGCGCUAAGCCAGUCAUGGUCUACAUCCAUGGAGGCUCUUACAUGGAAGGGACGGGCAACAUGAUUGAUGGCAGCGUCCUCGCCAGUUAUGGCAACGUCAUCGUCAUCACCCUCAACUAUCGUGUUGGGGUGCUAGGUUUCCUGAGCACUGGCGAUCAAGCUGCGAAGGGCAACUAUGGGCUCCUUGACCAAAUCCAGGCCCUCCGCUGGGUGAGCGAGAACAUUGCCUUCUUCGGCGGCGAUCCCCGCCGAAUUACUGUCUUUGGCUCGGGCAUUGGCGCGUCCUGUGUCAGCCUCCUCACACUGUCGCAUCACUCUGAGGGGCUUUUCCAGAGGGCCAUCAUCCAAAGUGGUUCUGCUCUGUCCAGCUGGGCUGUGAACUACCAGCCAGUGAAGUAUACCAGCCUGCUGGCAGACAAGGUAGGCUGUAAUGUGCUAGACACCGUGGACAUGGUGGACUGUCUUCGUCAGAAGAGCGCCAAGGAGCUGGUAGAGCAGGACAUCCAGCCAGCCCGCUACCACGUGGCCUUUGGCCCUGUGAUUGAUGGCGAUGUCAUUCCGGAUGACCCCGAGAUUCUCAUGGAGCAGGGCGAGUUUCUCAACUAUGACAUCAUGCUAGGUGUCAACCAGGGCGAGGGACUCAAGUUUGUGGAAGGGGUGGUGGACCCUGAGGAUGGCGUCUCUGGCACUGACUUUGACUACUCAGUCUCCAACUUUGUGGACAAUCUGUAUGGCUAUCCUGAGGGCAAGGACACCCUGCGGGAGACCAUCAAGUUCAUGUACACAGACUGGGCAGACCGUGACAAUCCUGAGACCCGCCGCAAAACACUGGUGGCGCUCUUCACUGACCACCAGUGGGUGGAGCCCUCGGUGGUGACUGCUGAUCUGCACGCUCGCUACGGCUCACCUACCUACUUCUACGCCUUCUACCAUCACUGCCAGAGCCUCAUGAAGCCUGCUUGGUCAGAUGCAGCUCAUGGGGACGAAGUACCCUAUGUUUUUGGUGUCCCUAUGGUAGGCCCCACUGACCUCUUCCCCUGCAAUUUCUCCAAGAAUGACGUUAUGCUCAGUGCUGUCGUCAUGACCUACUGGACCAACUUUGCCAAGACCGGGGAUCCCAACAAGCCGGUCCCCCAGGAUACCAAGUUCAUUCACACCAAGGCCAACCGCUUUGAGGAAGUGGCCUGGUCCAAAUACAAUCCCCGAGACCAGCUGUACCUUCACAUCGGGCUGAAACCAAGAGUCCGUGAUCAUUACCGGGCCACUAAGGUGGCCUUCUGGAAACAUCUGGUGCCCCACCUAUACAACCUGCAUGACAUGUUCCACUAUACGUCCACAACCACCAAAGUGCCGCCCCCGGAUACCACGCACAGCUCCCACAUCACCCGCAGGCCCAAUGGCAAGACCUGGAGCACCAAGCGGCCAGCCAUCUCCCCUGCCUACAGCAAUGAGAAUGCCCAAGGGUCCUGGAAUGGGGACCAGGAUGCAGGGCCACUCCUGGUGGAGAACCCUCGUGACUACUCCACUGAAUUGAGUGUCACCAUCGCUGUGGGGGCCUCCCUCCUGUUCCUUAAUGUUCUGGCCUUUGCUGCCCUCUACUACCGCAAGGACAAACGGCGUCAGGAGCCCCUGCGGCAGCCUAGCCCUCAGAGGGGAGCUGGGGCCCCUGAGUUGGGAGCUGCUCCUGAGGAGGAGCUGGCAGCAUUACAGCUGGGCCCCACCCACCACGAAUGUGAGGCUGGUCCCCCCCAUGACACACUGCGCCUCACUGCGCUACCUGACUACACGCUGACCCUGCGACGCUCCCCUGAUGACAUCCCACUCAUGACACCCAACACCAUCACUAUGAUUCCCAACUCCCUGGUAGGGCUGCAGACAUUGCACCCAUAUAACACCUUUGCCACAGGGUUCAACAGUACUGGCCUGCCCCACUCACACUCCACUACCCGGGUAUAGCUCCAGUCUAGAGCACAGCCUAUCUCCUGACUCCCUCCUUCCCAGAUCCACGAACACACACACGCACACACACACGCACAUGCACACACACACAUAUAUGUAUACGCACGCACUCACACCCGACAGCAGACCCACCUGCACAAACAUAGACAGAUGUGGACAUGCACCCGCAUGUACAAAAAACACAAAUAAGGAAGUAAACCUGAACAAACUCUUCAAAUGGGGACGCAAUGAGUCCUCGGAAAACUGAGGACCUGUGGAACAGCAGCUGAAGCCAGCUCCCUGAGCCUGAUCACAGAUACUCCUGGGGGCCUGAAAGCACCAGCUGGAUGCCCCCCCUUGGUGCUCGACUUCCGCCUCUCUUGGAACUGCACCACCGACCAACUCCAGACUUGGGAGCUUUAAAGAGCAGGAUAGCUCUUUCUCCCCCAGACUUGGUCUUUUUUCUGGGUCUUGUUUUUGUUGAUUUUUAAAACAAUUUUGGAACAAAUGCCUCUCCAACCCAGGAGUGCAAAGAGGCUCUGGAAGGGAGGCUCCAGGCCCAUGUCUGUCUGGCUUUGGAAUCCCCAGUGCUCACACAGUCUGACCAAGGAACAUGAUCCCCAAGAAGGAAACAGAUUCGAGCAAGACUAUGGGGAGGAAGGAGGAAGGGGCUACCGCUGAAUGGGAUUGAAGGCCAUAGGGGGAGCGCCCUCCAGCCAUCUCUGUGUCCCUGUAGAGGGCUGCAGAGACCGCAGGGUGACUUGCUUUCCCCCAAAGGCCAUGAGCACUGGCCUGGCUAGACCAGGGGACCCGAGAUUUGGUGAUGAGGUUCUAGUGGAGGCCAUGUCAUGAUUGGGCCCCUGGGUGUAAUCUGGGUUCCGCCUCUACCCUUGGGGUAAUGGUAUCAGAAAGUCGCCCCAUUUUCUUUACAGAGUCUUUUUUGUGUCUGUCAUUUCUCUUUCAAAAAGGCGGUGUUUUUUUGUUGUUGUUGGCUUUUUAUUUUUAAAGAAAAGUUCUUAAAACACUAACGGAAACCCAUGGAGUUUGUCCUUUGUAAAAAUUUAAACACAGUGUCUUGAUAUAAAAAUAAAAAAUCCAGUUAGCACUCCCAACCUGCGUCCCUUGCACAGGCCUUGCCCCAACAGGCCAACCCCCAGCAGGGUGCCCCUGUGGGCUAGGAAUCCAGCCUGCCUCUGCGACCUGUGCCUUCAAACUGAGACAAGCCUGGGCUGCACUCUGCUGGCCCCACCGUACACAUGAAGGCCUGUCCAAUCUUAAGCAGGUUGCCGGCACCAUAAUGCGCCUCCACACAGCCCCCCAGAGCUCUGGGUGCCUGCAGCUGAGGCCUUCUCUCCUCCUAAUGAAAUGGCAAAAAUAACACUUCCCCCUCCAUCUCCUCCUCCCCUCCUACCUUCCUCCCCUCCUCCCCCACUUCUUCACCAAUGCCUCUACCACUGCCACCAUCAUCACCAUCCUGCCCUCAUCCUGGCCUGGGGGGAAGAAGUGUGACCUCUAACAUGCUGAAAUUCUUUUUCAUAACUGACUGAAUCUAGCACAGCAUCAGAUAUGUGGACACCUCCCACCACCACCGCCAGCCUUGGGUGACUGACAGAGCUGGGGCCCUCUCCUCCCCAGGGACACUUGUUUCCUGUUCUGUGAAUUAAAAUUGGAGAAGUCUCUGGGGCCCCUGUCAACCCAGGGAGGGGGACACAGAUUCAAUGGGGCCCCACGGGGUUAGCAUUAUAGUAGUUUGUAUUAUUCUCAGCAACUUGAAGGACUGGACCAGGAGUCUGCUCAUCAAAUGUGACAGUUGGGCAAGGUUGGUGACACCUGAGAAACCAGGAAUAGAAUUCUUCAAAGUGACCCUGACAAAAUGAGGGAGAUGAACCAACACUACAGGAUGAUUAAUGUUCAGAUGGGGUCAACACGAGAUAGUUACAAAGACCAAAUCUGAGAACAAAUAUACUAAUACAGUACAUGGGGAUGAGAAAGUUAGGCAAUGAUUGGUUCAACGCAGUUUAGUUAAAAAUGAAAAAAAACCUGGGAGGAAGGUGAAAGGAUGGGUCACAGGUUGAAUGAGGCCAUAGUGUAGAACUGGUUGUCUCCUCUCUCCUGCCCCUCCCCUCCCUCCCUCUCUCCCUCCCUUUGUUCUUUCCCAAACUAAUGUGAACACUAGCUUCUAAUAACAAAAAUACAGCAUGGAGUUGCUAGGAAGUAAUCAGAGCGUGAGCUUUAGAAUUAGAAGUAACCUCAGAAUCAUGGAGUCCAACCCACUUAUUUUAUAAUUGGGGAAAAGCCCAGAAAUGGCCAACAUCACAGUUAGUGUUAGAAACUGACCUAGGAUCCAUUCCAAUCAUAUAUGACCUUUACUAUGGUCCUUUUUCCCCCCUUUUUUGGCCUUUUAAAGCAUUAAUGGGUCUAUCCGUGGUCAACACAUUGUCAGCAUAUGUGGAAGAGCUGGAGUCUGAAGAAGAGCAAAACCAAUGUGCGAAAGGACUAGGUCUUCAUAAAUUAUUAUUACUGUUUAGAAAGGAAGAGGCUGAAGAGGCAACCUUCAAUAAUUGUGGAGACCUACUGUGUGCCAAGUGUGGUAUAUCAUCUUCAAAAAUUGAACUCUUAAAUGAGGACAGAGUUGAUGGUCUCUUCUCCGUUUCUUCAGAGAAUAGCAGAAGGGAAAAGAUUACAUUAGACAUAAGGAAAAACCUUACUAAGGCACUCAUUAAGUCCUCAAUAACAGUGACCAAAUGGAAUGACCUUACUAAGGAAAGCACUUGUGGUCAUCUUCCUGAAAGCAGAGGGGCUGGAUUAAAUGAACUUUUCAGGUCAA